ACGUUUAUUAGGCUCUCGUAUUGUUGUUAUCGUAGCAGGCGAUAUUUUAAUGUGAGCGAUGUAGCAGGUUACCGAGACGUUCAGAAGCAAACCGACAGCGGGAAAGUGACAUUCUGUUUUUUUUUUUGGAAACAAUAAAUCUUCGGAGAGCUCGUUAGAGGUGUCUCCGGUUCUGAAUUCUGGAUCUGAAGGACGUGUGUGUGUGUUGAAGUGCCUAACAGAGCAGUGAUGGUGGUGAAGCAGCCAGACACACCAGUUAAGCGCGAACGGAACGAGGAACACAUACCCUUCAUCGAUGGGGAAGGAAGCUACCGUAAAACGUUACCCACCCCACCGGAACCACAUCCCUCGAAACGUUGGUCCGAUUCACUGCCACCCAACGAACGUGUCUUUUACCAUCAAACGUUGAGCUCGGCACGGCGUGCAGCACACUUUGUAAAUCAUGGCAACAUCCCCGUAGAUUCGUUGGAUAUCACGCUGGCCGCUCAGUACAACCAUUCGGACGAUCUGUUCCUCGGCAAGAACGAUGUCGUGCUGCAGGACGAAACGCUGGGCAAACGUACCUUCCGCCGGUUGCGAAACACCCGGGAUCUGGUACCGGAGAAGAUAAUCCCGCUCAAACAUCCGCUGCUCGUCGGAGGAUUACGCGAGAAGGCAUCGCCGAACAGUGUGAAGCUGAUGAAUACUGGGCCCCACACGCCCCUAACGAACCCGGGCUAUUCGCGUCAGUCGGGUGAUGGAAAUUUCUUCAAUUAUUAAAAAUCGCUUUGGAAAAUAAAACACUAUUUGCUGAUUUUCAUGUUUCGCGUAGUUAAUUCAGGUUUUAUUUGAUCUUUUCACGGUUCCCACAUACACUGGUCCAACCCCUCCCGGGGGGAGAGAGGACUAAAUAUGUGGCUGCUAAAAGCUAACCUAAUAGUACAGAUAUAUAAACAUGGUAGAGAAAAUGAAGGGCGUUUUUAUUGUUGAAACUCUUAAACCGUCGUCGUCUCUAAAUCAUAGGCGAGCAUCUUCACUGCUCGUACAAAAAAUUAAAUCUAACCCUAAUAAUGUUAGAGCAUAAUCCCAAAUCUGGCCGUUACCUUCUUAAAUCCCUUUUUUUAGCACGCCGUUGUCGGUUUCAAAUUACAAUGCAUAUAAGUUUUUGAACAGGUGUGUGUUGGUGGGAAAAGGCAACACAACACACUACGUAUUGUGGAAAAUGUACAGCGCAACAAUGGGUCAAAGGGUGGGGAUAAUGAAGAAGUUAAUUCCAUGUUAGUAUGCUCCUAUUCUUUGCUGUCUGCAAACUCAUUGUUGAUAGAAAUGUAUAAAGCAAAGUAUUUGUAAUCGCAGUUCCGUUUCCCGGGCGGCAAAACACCAGGGGGCUCGAUCAGACCAACUUACCAGUCUCCACCGUAACGUGUAACACGAGUCCAACGCUUGCUUGCUGGUACAGGGUUUUCUGAUUUCUGAUAAUGUUCUUGUCGCCUACUGUGUUUGUAAUGCAGGGGUUCAUCUGGUGGGCCGCCCAAGAAAGGGAACUGACAUGCAGAAAAUGCCGUGGAAUUACCUAUAUUAAUAGAAGUACACUACUGCUUCCUUCCUCCUGCUAUUUGUAUUGGUGGAUUACAUUGUUUGUUUUGUAGUCCUAAUUUCCCUCAAACUAAUGAGUUCAUCAGCAAAUAAUGUGUUGUUGUGGGGCGAAAACUACAUAUAUAUAGUGAUCGUAAUCUUUUUCCAAACUUCUCGCUUCGCGUCUGCGAUGCAUGUGCGUUUC